AGUUUCGAAUGAAAUAAUUGGCAAUUCGGGCGGCAAUCGGCAUGGGCCAACACACGAGGGAGCGGACAGCAGGGGUUGUUUUCUGUCUCAUAUGUACACAGUUAGGCGGCAAACGGGAUACUGUUUUGAUAUUUCGAACAUGACACAAUUUUUGAAAACAGUCGAACAGUGUGAUGACUGGUGCUGCACGGAAGUACAACUUACCUGAUGACAGAAGGUGUUGAACGGUGGGACUAACAAUGGCCGGUGUGGAUUCCCAGACUGAGCUGUUGAGGUUUGGACCGGUUGGUAAGACAGGACCCACCCACAAGGAGCAGGUGACCCCCCACAAGAUCUCCCUGCUGGUCCUGAUCUACGAGUACUGUGAACUCAAAAAGAAGCAGAAUCAACCGUUUAUAUUUGGACAGAGUAAUACCCUGGAUCCAGAGGAACGAAUCUCGGAGAGUGAGAAGCGGGACUUCAUGACCCUCAUCCUUAAACUCCUCCAGAGUCCAGACUUGCCGCUCAAAGAAUUGCUGAACCAGACUCAGAACAUCCUCAAACCCAAGAUAUUUGACGAGUUCGUGGACAGACUUAAAGAGUUCUACGAGGAGGACGUUCUCCCGCUGAUGGACUUUUUCCAGGAGCUUCACAGGAUGUUGACGGAACCCAUCACCCCAGAGAUGCCAGUCAUCAGCAGCAGUAGCUUGCUGGGUCUGUUCUUCCGCCGAAUGAUCCUCGUGUUUGAUUCCCUGUCCUUCAGCCAAGUGACUAUCCUCUACAAUCAGUUCAAGCAUUACUACGAAGAAGUGAACGGCCCUGCACAGAUAGACGAAAGUGAAAACUUUGGUGGAUCUCUGAUGGACUCUAUCACCAAGGAAACCGAGCGCCUGACAUGCAGCGCCCUAGGGAGAGAGUCCAGUCACCUUGGGGGGACAAAAUCGGAAUCAGGAGGGUACUUCUCUCACAAACAGGCAGAGUAUUUUAUAUCCAGACAAGGAUUUCUCCUACAACACAAUGAGAAAGAGGCUAUGAGCCCUAAAGAACUGCAGACACAGAUCUCCAAUAUGUUACAGUCUAAUCCUGCCUUGGCCGAGGCCCACUUUCUGAGCUAUAUGAACAAUCUCCGGGUGAAGGAAUACUGUACAGCGGUCCAUAAUCUUUUUCAUUGUUUUGACAGAAAUACAAACUUUACGGAUGUCAACCUUGCCAACAAAACGGUGGAGGAGGAUGUGAGUCGUAGAUACGCAUCACUGAACUUGGCGGGUCUUCACUUUCGGUUCGGCCACAAGGAGGAAGCUUUAGCCGCAUUACAGGAGGCGAUACGCAUGGCUCAGGAGACAAAUGAUCAUGUCUGUCUGCAGCACGCCCUCAGCUGGCUCCACCGCAUAGAAGACGCGGGAAACACAAGAACGGCCAGUCUGAUAGCCCGGUCUGUGGACAAGAGUGAAGAAAUGUCAUUACCAAACAUCACAUCUCUCAGUGUGCAGGCAUUAGCCAAGCAUAAUGCCUUCUUUACUGCUAGACCAUCCAGUGUUAUAGAGUACAUGCUGAAAAGUGACAUUCUGAAUUGUCAACAUUCUCAACCUCAUUUUAUGUGUGUAAGCUAUGCUCAGAAAGCAGCAUUGUGGCACAUGUAUGGGAAAAGGGAGAGUUCGUCCAUGUGUAGCCAGUUGGUUCUGAAUUUAGACACUUCAGAGGGUGGAAUCUAUCACAAUGGGGAGUCUGUGUGCCUGGCUCUGUGCAAUAUAGCCAGGAUAUUCGCUGAUGAAGGGAAUUACGUGCUGGCAUUAGAGGUCAUAAACAAUGCGAAACAACGGUUUCCUCCUCAAACCCAGCAUGCUCACUUGUGGAUGACUUAUGAACAAGAAAUCAUGUUUGAUAGAUCUCUAUUGAGUCAAAAAGAUGAGCUUGCUUCCCAGGCCCUCACUGGUUUACAAGCCUUGGAUGAAGAUGAAUACAAACUACGCUCUGGAAUCUUCAAAAAGGAGAAAGGUGAUGUCAGUACCGCCCUGUCUACAUUGACCAGACUUAAAGAACAUGUUACCACAAACUCACAGAAAUUCAGUCCCGAGUUUCUGUGCCGGGUAAUGCUUGCCCUUGCGGAUCUAUACAUCCAGACCGGAAACCACAUCUCUGCCACUUCUCAGAUCUUGGAGUGCAUCACAAAGUCGGAGGAGCAUCACUUGGAGUACCUGCAUUCCCUGGCGGCCGUGUAUCUGGCGUUCGUCCAGCUACUGAUGCGUCUCCCAGAGAAAGGUCUGUCUCUGCUGGACCAACACAUGGUGACCGUCCUGUCCCACGGGAGCUGUCUGGACCGGGCCAGGACCCUGUACUGCUAUGCCAGGUGCACCGUCGCUGAUGGCAACAGACUGUCGGCCACAGAUAGGAAGUCAUCGCUGUUACAGGCCAUUAAUACCAUGACUACCGUCAUCGAGUUGUUCAAGAAGCUGGAUGCUCACAUGAGAGUGAAGGACGCCACCUACUACCUGGCCAGACUUUAUCACGAGUUAGGAUAUACGGCUGAGCGUAACAAAUGUGCCUACGAGUUUAAACAGCUUGACUCCCAGUUUCCCACUCACAGCCAGGGGACAGUCCUUAGACUGUGAUGUGGAAGUUCUUGUUUUGUUUUGUCUUGUUUUUUUGUUGAUGUUAACAAUGAAUAUGAUGAACCAGUUGAAUUAAAUUAAUUACAGUA